AUGUAUCGUUAAUUAGCUUUAAGGACAUUUAUAACAUUUCAUAACUCCCAUAACAAUAGUCGUAUCAUCUCUUGAAGGUCAGAGGUUAUCCUUAUAAAGGUUGACUUUUUCCGAACAAAUUCCUGACAUUUUCCGAUGAUCAUCUACUAAAAAUGCGAGAUUUUUCAAGACAGCUUAGGGCUGUGCAACACAUGCGGGACCCACCAACAUGGGACAGGUGCUGAGCUCAAGGAGAUCGUCCAAGAACUUCAGUCCGCCCCCCUCCCCCAUUGGUGCCACUUAUGUCAGUUAUGAACCAGAGUUUGUCAAGCAUCCGGAGCCAGAAGAGACGGACACAGCCAACAACCCAGGUAAAGCUGCAGACAACAAUCCUCCCAACAGUGUCCCAGCUAAAAAUGUAAGUCCUUUCCAGCCAGCUUUUGGGGAUAAUGUGUACCCAACAACAGACUCCGUAGCUCAAACUCCGUCUGUGGAAAUGGGGGGGAAGCAAGGGGGAAAGUUCUUGGUGCCCGUUCCACCGGAAAAGGACACGUUGGAAGAUGGCUACUGCACUUCUCAACAGCUCUUUAACUACAUGAAUGACUCCAUGGGUAGCCAUUUUAUCUUCGACACCAGGUACAUGUUGAUUCUUGACUGCCGCGAGAAGUCUGCGUACGCAGAGAAGCGCAUUGUGACGGCAAAACCCGGAGAUGCCAUCUACACAGAUUAUGGCUGCCUACUACAUGACGGGCAGUUGAAACACUUUGUUUACAUCGUGCUGUAUGGAGAAGGCAGCGAGCUGUUUCCCGGCUCGGAACUUUUCCAACUGUACAAGGAAAUCAAAGCCUGUGAGUACGAGCCAGAAAUCCUGGUCGGUGGAUACGAGGAGUUUUCACAAAGGUAUCCUUUCCUUUGUACAGACAGGAUGGUCGCUAGCGUUGCCGACCGCAGGGCGUACAUCUCGUAUUACCCAUCGGAGAUCGUGCUGGGGGCCUUGUACCAAGGUCGCGGCGACCAAGCCACCAACGAGAAGAUUGUAAGCGACUUAAAGAUCACUCACAUUGUCAACAUUUCUAAAGAGCACCCAAAUGGCUUUCCUCUCUACAUAAAAUACAUGAACGUAAGAGUUGACGACGACAUGUCGGCUAACGUGACACAUCUACUACCUAGAACGACGGAGUUCAUCGCGGAAGCAAUUGAGAGCGGGGGGCGCGUUCUCGUGCACUGUAACCUUGGCAUAAGUCGCAGCUCGACCAUCACAAUGGCGUACCUCAUGAAAGAACGUCAGUGGACGAUGAAGGAUGCAUUCGACUUUCUGAAAGAACGGCGACAAGUUGCGCAACCAAACAUGGGGUUCCUCAGACAGUUAUCCAAGUAUGAGGUGGAGUUGUUUGGAGCAAAACUGACAGAUAUUGACGAUAUCUAUUUCUGAUAACCCCCCGUCUUUCAGGUUGUUGAGUUUGCUCAAUCAAAAUGAUGGAAUUUAGAUUUUGUAGUAUAUUUUUAUAGACAAGGUGGCAAAUGGUUCACAAACCUAGGCACGUUUGAAGUUCAUAUUGUGAUAGCUUUGAAAAUUGUAAAGGCAGUCAGCUUCAAUUUCAAUUUUUAAAAUCUCACUUCUCAAUAACACCAAUUUUGCAAUAAGCUACUCACAAUCGUAGGACAGGAAAUUUUACCAUGCAUAAAGAUUUCUACAGAUUUAUAAUACAUGUAUCUCAAUAUUUUGUGGCCAAAUUAUUCAAAUCUGCAGUACUCCAUAUUUGUAAUUGUCUAUUUUUGGCAGAUUUUGAUAUUUGCAACGCAAGGUAAUGGCUAGAUGUGCUUUGCAAACUGUAUUUUUUGAGUCAGCACCUUUAAUGUACAUGGUGCAAUGGUGAAUAUCAUAGUUAUAACAUACAGUCAUGUACAUGUAAUACAGAUCGAUAGACUGAUAUCAUUGUAGCUCACACAUCAAUAGUACAUGUAUUAGAGGACCAACUUCUCAAUCAUUGAAUUUAGUGGUGUUAUUACCUUCAUGAAAAUCAGGGCAUUGCAAUUGGUUUGUUUAUUUAGUUGUGUGUGUCCAAAGUUUCACAAUAAUGACAUUUGAAUGCUACUAGGGACACUAACAGGAGGGUUUGCUUCAAAGGUCCUAGAGAGGCAGGCAGGAAAUAGAAUUGGCCAGGGUUUUCCCAAGGGGUCUCAUGCAGUAUACUUAAGACAGCUCAGAGAUUAUUUGAAGAUAAACCUCAAAGGGAAGAAAAGUCUUCAGAUUGUUAUAGUAUUUACAAGAUAUUUACGAAAUUCUAAAUAUUUGUCACUGGUUUGAGAUUUUGCGGAUAUAUUUCUUUUGAAUGCAAAGACAAUCAUUAGAGUACAUAGAUUUUGUUGUCACGUUGUAAUAGGACCAUUAGUUGGACAUGUAAAUUUGUUGUAAAUACACUGUAGGAGAGUGUAGGUUGAAGUCACAUGUUAAUGCUUAAUAUAGAUCUAUGCAAUGUUCUAAUGCAAUUUAUGCACUUCUCAUGAUUACUUCUCAGCAAGAAAAUGUUAUUACUUUGUUUAGUAAUGACUUAAAGUUGAAUGUCUGAUUUUGGAAUAAUCAAAGAGAUCUUUUCACUAAAAUCUAGCCUCAACAAUGUCACUAUAGUGGCGAGAAAAGUAUGAAAUAUCAAAAACUUUUUAAUUAGUAAAAGAAGCAGCAUUGACAAGCAUGUCAAAUUUCUACUGUCAAAUAAUUCUCAACUGCACUCUUAAUUGAUUUUAAUUUGCAACAGAUAUACAUAUGUACAUAUACCUCAUUAAAUGUCACAAUGUUCUUGUCUACAUCAUGUACCUUUGAACUCUGAAUAAAGAAACAGCAUCAAAAACGGUAUCUUUUGAUCUCGACAUACCAGUUCAGCUGUUUGACCAUUUGAA